UCGGUCUAAUUCGUCCAAAAGACACCUUCUUCUCUUCUCUAGUAAGCAUUCCUCAAACAGACCCAUAAGCAUAAUAAAAAGCCUUUUGCUUUUUCCACCUUCUCUCUUUCUCUUUUCAUCAAAUCAAUAAAAACCAUCGAAUUGUAAUCCAAACCCAUUUUGCUACGAAUCUAGCUUUAGGUCCUUUACUUAAUUUCUCUUCUUACUUUCAUUAAAGAUACAAUCUUUUUCCAUCAGAUUUCACAAUUAGUCUUUUUCUUUUUCUUUUCUUGUUAAUAUUGCCAAUUUGCUCUAAUUAUUAGAUUUUGUUUUAAUUCGAAUACAAAUCAAUACCUCUCUUUCAAUCUCUAUCAAUAUGGCUACAAGCAAUCCUUUAUACACAAACCCAAAACUUUGCAAGCAUCUUGCUGAUUACAAGCUUAGACAUGGCUUGAGUGGCUAUAAAUUCCUCCAAAAUUGCCUUAAAACCACUCCAAGUGGAAUAACCAGCGUUUAUAAGUCUGAUACAAAGAUACCCAGGUGCAGUUUUUGUAAGGGGUAUCAAGGUAGAUUCUUUAUGUGUUUAAUUUGCUCUUCAAUCUCAUGUUCAAGUCACACCCUUUUACAUGCCCAAUCAGAGAAUAGUCAUGAUAUAGCUGUUGACAUUGAAAGAUCAGAGCUUUAUUGCUCUUUGUGCAGUGAUCAGGUCUAUGAUCCUGAUUUUGAUAAAGUUGUGGUGUCCAAAGUCAUGUUGGACAUGCCAAAUAAUGCACAUAUUGUUGAUGAUGGCAUAAGAAGAUCAAGCAAGAGGAGGAAAUUGAAUUCAUUGAUGGAAUUAGAUUUAAAAAAGUCUAAACAGUUGGUUUUGAUGAGAGAUCGAAGGGAAAAGUCAUGUUAUCCAUUGGGAUUGAGAGGAUUGAACAAUUUGGGAAGUACUUGUUUCAUGAAUUCUGUGUUGCAAGCAUUGCUUCAUGCUCCUCCUUUCAGGAAUUACUUCUUGAGUGAUCGGCAUGACCGUGAUACUUGUAGGAAAAGAUCAUUGGAUCGGUUAUGUCUGGCUUGCAAUAUUGAUGUUAUUAUCUCUGCUCUGUAUUCUGGGGAUCGGACACCAUACAGCCCAGCUCAGUUUCUUUACAGUUGGUGGCAGCAUUCGGCAAAUCUAGCUAGUUACGAGCAGCAGGAUGCUCAUGAAUUCUUCAUUGCACUGUUAGAUGGGAUCCAUGAAAGUGAAGGAAAUGGAAGAACCCCAAAUAAAGAUAAUGGAGAUUGCCAGUGUAUUGCUCAUAGGGUUUUCUCUGGGAGAUUAAGGUCGGAUGUCACUUGCAUGACAUGUGGAUUUACUUCCACGACUUAUGACCCUUGUGUUGAUAUUUCACUCGACAUGGACACAAGUAUGUCUUCUACAGAUGUGCCUAACAAAUCUGUUAGACCAAAUGAGAACGCUGGCAAGUGUACUCUCUCAGCCUGUUUGGAUUUGUUUACCAGGCCAGAGAAGUUGGGGUCAGACCAGAAACUUUACUGCCAAAAUUGUGAAGAAAAACGUGACUCAUUUAAGCAAAUGUCUAUCAAAAGGCUCCCAUUGGUGUUAUCCUUACAUAUCAAACGAUUUGAGCAUUCUCCAGUCAGGAAAUUGUCAAGAAAAAUCGAUUGGCAUUUGCAGUUUCCAUUUUCCUUAGAUAUGACCUCAUAUCUGUCGUCUUCAAUUCUCAGAAAGAGGUUUGGGAACAGAAUUUUUGCUUUUGACAGCGACGAAGCAGAUACUUCUGCUGAAUUUGAGAUUUUUGCUGUGAUUACUCAUUCAGGGAUGCUAGAAUCAGGACACUAUGUGACUUAUCUUCGCUUAAGAAACCAGUGGUACAAAUGUGAUGAUGCUUGGAUUACUGAGGUUGAUGAAACGAUUGUGAGAGCUUCACAAUGUUACAUGAUAUUCUACGUGCAAAAAACGCAUUACUACAAAGCAAAUGAGGACCUGAGUCGCACGUCAAUGCCCCAGAGGAGGGAUCCAUUCAUUCCAAUUGCUGGUUGUUGCUGAGGGGAGUGCUUAUCCGGGAGGGAUGACUGUGAGCUGGCAAUUAUCAGGAUAGAAUGGCUGCUAAAUACCUUCGAGUUAAGCUGCAUGCCAAACUGAGACAAAAGACAUGCCAAACUGAGACAAAAGAAACGGAGUGUGUGUCAAUGGAGCAUGCUUGCAGGAUCAAAUCACUCAGCCAAGAAAAAGAAUCACAUUCGACUGUUGCAAUCAAGAUCGAGUGGUGGAAGAAAUCAGAUUUGACUUGGGGGUUCAUGAAGACCUGUUCAUUUGAGAUGAGAUGCCAAUUUCAGUUACUUCCAAAUGACAUUUCUACUGGGUUUAUGGCUAUCAGGCCUGAGAAACAUUGCCAGAAAGAAGCAACUUUGUUGCAUGGGUGUGUUCUAGCUCUCCCUCUGCCUGUUUUUUCCUUUUUCUUUCUGGGAAUUCUUUGACUGCAAGUCAGUCAUGUAUUUAAUAAUAUAUCAAUUCAUUCAAUAACUAAUGAAAAAUGUAAACUAAUUAAUUCUCUA